AUGGCGAGACGGAUCGGAAGCCCUGACUUGGAUAAGCUUCUCCAAGCGUUUGAGCGCCAGACAUUCUCCUCUCGCGGCGUUCAGCCUCGACCGGAACUCGCAGAAGGACGAGGUAUUGACAUCACCUUUCUUGACAGUACUGCGGAGAUCGCGGCCAACGCGCCAAGAUACCGUCGCAAAAGCUCGACUUUCAUCGACGGCAUUCACGAUGUCCCCGAGGAUCAGGAUAUGGCACCGGCCCAGCUCUAUAGCACGAUGUCUGGCCGUCUGUUUCACUCUGGUCGCAUCGCCAUCGUCAUGGUCGGUCUUCCGGCUCGUGGCAAGACCCAUAUUUGUGUGUCCAUGGCGCGUUACUUGGGCUGGUUGGGAGUCAAGACGCGCAUCUUCCAUCUGGGCGACUACCGUCGCGCAACCGUUGGCAAGGGCGGUAUAGUCCCUGAGGACUAUUUCUUUCCUGAUGCCUCCCCCCAGUCCGUGAUUCUUCGGCAGAAGAUUUUGAAGAAGUGCCGUGAGGACAUCUAUGCUUGGUUGAACCAUGAGAAUGGUCAGGUCGCGAUCUACGAUGCUGUCAACCCCACUGCCGCUGGUCGUCGCGCGCUGGCUAAGGAGCUUGCGAAGCACGACGUUCAGACUCUCUUCAUCGAGUCAUACGUCGACGAUGAGGGCAUUCUGCGCGAGAAUGCGCGCAAUGUCAAGAUCUCCUCCCCUGACUUCGCCGGCAUGGACCCCGAUGAGGCUGCCAAAUUAUACCUGCGCCGCAUCGAUAUGAAGAUCCCUGUCUUUGACACCAUGGACGAGAAGGAGCUCAACUACAUCAAGAUGAUCAACGCGGGACAGAAGUUCUUCUACAACAAUGUCUCCUUUGGCUACCUCUCUCACCGCAUCGUCUUCUACCUGACCAACCUGCACAUCAAGUCGCGCACCACCUACUUCGUUCGAGCCGGCGUUACCACCGAGGAAGACUCGUACAAAGCGGAUGCCCCUCUUUCCGAGGAGGGCAUAGCGUAUGCCGUCAGAAUGUCAGAGACACUAUUGAAGCACCGCGAGCAGGAGCGCGCCGCCCUCGUGGAGAAGGGCGGCCCCGCCAUCCCCCUCCGCCCUCUGUCCGUCUGGACCUCCACCCGUUGCCGAACCGUUCAGACCGCCGACUACCUCAAGAACAAGGGCUACAAGAUCCGCCAGCGUUCGCAGAUGAGCCAGAUCAACCCGGGCGUCUGCGAGAAGAUGUCGGAGCGGGCUAUUCGCCACCUGUACCCUGAGGAGGUCGAGAAACACGAGCUGGACCCGUAUCAUCACAGAUACCCGCGCGCUGAAUCAUACCACGACCUCGCCGUCCGUCUCGAGCCCAUCAUCCUGGAGCUGGAGCGCGAGCAGAGCGACCUCCUCAUCAUCGCCCACGAGUCCGUCCUCCGUGUCCUCUACGCCUACCUGAUGCACUGCGCCACAAUGGACAUCCCCAUCCUCAAGUUCCCGCGCGACGAGAUCAUCGAGAUCAUCCCCGCCGCCUACCAGAACGAGGCCAAGCGCGUCCACAUCCCCGGCGUCGACCCCAAGAUCACCCCCGGCUCCCCCGAGGACAUCCGCAUCCCCGUGCCUGGGGGAAGCGGUACCGCCAGUGGGAACCUCUCGCCCAUGCCGGGUCUGUCCUCUCCCGCGGAGCCCAACGUCGUCGUCGAGCGCCCGCCCGAGAAGGUCAUCAACACGGCCGCGGAGAUGGUCGCCGACAGACAGAAUGACGAGGAUUAA